GUAGGUGAGCUCCCUCUCCCCAGAGCCACCAGUGAGGUACCAAGAUUUGACUGUAUGGAUUCCCAAAGGGAGGACCUCAGCCUCCCUGGUGUGUGGGUGUCACUGUACUUUGGAUUCCUGGGGCUGUGUUCUGUGUUAACUGGCAGCUGCAUUCUCUUUCUUCACUGGAGGAAGAACGUGCGGCGGGAAGAGCGUGCCCAGGAGUGGGUGGAGGUGAUGAGAGCAGCCACUUUCACCUACAGCCCGCUGUUGUACUGGAUUAACAAGCGACGGCACUAUGGUAUGAACGCAGCCAUCAACACUGGCCCUCCCCCUGCUGCCACCAAGACUGCGACUGACGCCCAGAAUUCGGAUCGCCCCUGGGAGCUGGAUGUCCCUGAGAGCAGGAGCUGUGCUGCUCAAGACAGCAGCCCCAAGGUGGAGGCCCCCGGCCCCCUGCAUCCUGCAGUGCAGCUGGCACCGCAGCAGCCCCUACCUUCUUCCCCAGUGCCGCGGCCCCGGGCCAGCUCCCCACUCCCAAUUCCCAUCUUCCAGGAGGUACCCUUUGCCCUCUCCCUGUGUAACCUACCCCCGAUGCUGAACCACUCGGUCUCCUACCCUUUGGCCACCUGUCCUCAAAGGACUGUCCACUUCAGCUCCCUCCCUACAAUGGCCCAAGGGGACCACUGCUUGAAUGCCAAGCCCUUUGCUUCAGAACUAUAGCCUCCUCUCCUGAGGCUGGGAGCUGGAGGUAUCCUGGCCAGAACAGGAAACGGAGCUGACCUCAGGGAGGUGGUAUUGACACAAGGCCAGGGCCCAUGUGGAUGUCACCUAAUGAAAGAUUUAAAAAGUC